GACUUUACGUAGUAGCCCACUCGUACACACGGCACCGAGCCCACACAAUAGAUCAUUGGACAAUCUCCAAAUUUAUUUCGAAACGUAAAAAUAAUGCGGCAACGGUUAGAUUUUCAGUUUCACGACACGCGUUUUCAAUCGACAUUUCACUUGCGUUCCGCGCAAACGAUGAUCAGAUACGGUGACCGCGCGUCGGUGACAAUUUAACGGCUGCCACAUAAAAAAAAACUUCUGCAAUAAAAGACGUGCCCGCGAAUUAAAAACUGAAAUCUAAUUGCCACGUUCCGAUCUCGUCGCCAACUCGAUGCUUACUUCAUCGUUCGGACAUCUGUUUUGCGAAUACGACCGAAACUCCUAUAAAUAAUUCGAAUUUUAUUUGUCAAAUUUAGUGCGCGUCUCUUCUUAGUCGAUACAAGUGUAUUGCCAUAUAAAACGGGACACAGAUCGGUCGACUAAUUUCGAACGUGAGCGCGCCCAAUAUGGCGUCGUACUGCGACGAUUUCUCGGUGUACGAACCUCGCGGGAACCGUCGAAAGUACAGGGUGUACCGGAACGAACCUCUGCGGAAACGUUGGACGCUGCUGUUGGCGGUAUCGCGCCUGGAGGACUUGGACGAAUCGGGCAGCGAUCCCGUCGUAUCGUCGUCCCAAUCGCCCCUCGCAGGCCCCGGCCCCGGGGGGCACAAGGCCUCCUUCAAGAGCACCAAGCUAGCGCGCAGGGCGCGUUCCUUCAAGGACGACUUCCUCGGCCGAAUAUCCCAGAUGCGCAGCCCGGGAAGCACGGCGGUCCACAUGGGUUCGUUGCCGCGCACGCAGAGUCCCAAAGGCAACCCCAAGGACCCGGCGACCGACCACCGCGACGGCUACAUCAAAGGACCCAAGCAGGAGCUGGACGCGAUGUGGAAACAGACCCAAAUCGCGUUAAAACACCUAAGGGACGUGGUGUCCAAACAGAAGCUCGAAAUGCUUCCCGGGAACGGAACCAUCGUCUUGGACACCGUCUGGUCGAUAAAUUUAACGAUAAAGUCGUCGAUAUCGAUAGACAAGCCGAGCGCGAUCGCGUCCGCCACCCACCGGGUAUUCCAAACCGUCGCCAGACUUAUCAAACUCUGUGACGACGCGCUUAUAGACAACCAAAGCUCGGAACUGAAAAAAGAGAACGUCAACGAGAUCGUCGAACAGGUCGAAGACGCGGUAAAGAACCUCAUUCAACUGGCCCAAGACAAGAUCGCCCAACAACAACUCACCUACAAGACCACCCCUAGGUCGUCGUUCGGCAAUUGCAAUGCGGACACGCAAACGCAGCGUAACUCCCUCCCCGACAUACCCCUUACGCCGAGAGAGAGGGAGAUUUUGGAGCAGACCUCGUGCGCUUUAACCGUGAGGAGUAGUCACAGCACCGAGUCCGUUUUGAGAGACUCCAGUCCUCCUCCUAAGCCACCCUUGCCCAACAGCCUCAGAAGCAGGUCCGAGACGAACAGCUGCACGAGCCCGCCCCCCCUUCCGCCAAAGAAGAAAAACCAAAGGUUACAUCAUUUAGUGGACGAAUCCUUUAGCGUCAACAGUUCGCCCAUAUGUAGUAGUUUAGAGAAGGUUUCCGUGCGAUCCAAAUCCCCGGACGACUCCAUAUCGUUGCUCUCCGAAGGUACGGGAAGCAUAGACUCCAUGUUGAACCAUUCGUCGAAGGAGGAGGACGAGAUCAAGGCGUUGAUGGAGUGCGACGGGGACAUGUUCGAUAACCACACCUCCGACAUAUUCGGUAUAGGUUCUAACUCGUGGGAAGAAUCGUCUUUAAGUUCAGCCAUAUCCAACCACAACGUCGACCUGCACACCUCGGUCAACGAUUACCAUCGGCUUUCGAACACCGAUUCGGGUAUCAUGUCAAUUCGGUCGUCGAGCUAUUCGAAGCGCAGUUCGCAGCAGAGUUCCCUGAGUUCGCAAUUUACCAUGAGGCAAAUGAACGACGCGUUCGACAACCAAACGUUCUUGAGAAACUUUUCGCAGAAGGUGAGCGCCUCCAAUUCGAUGCUACUGGUCUCCAACAGUUCGCAUUCGAUCAAGGGAUGCUACGAAGUAAAAGGCGACGACGCGCCUCCCGCCAUUCCCCAGAAAACCAAGAAGAAGACUGAUAGACAACCGUCGCCUUACGAUAACGUACCCGAUGAGAACUCUUUCGCCGUGGAAGAUGUCCAGGGUGAGGUUCUAGUCAGCUGCCACCAUCACCAAACUCACCAGCACGCGUCCCAAGACUUCGACGAGGUAGACAGUGUCAAACCUCCGCCGUUACCGCCCAAGAAGAAACACAUGUUCCAGUCUGUGGCUUAUAGUGUAAUGGCUUACAUGGAGAUGUUCGGCAACUGCUCGCACACGAACGAUCAAGAAUUCAUGAGGCAUUCCGUGCACAUGGUACAAUCUCAGUGGCAGCCCUCGAUACCCGGCCUGACGAGUACUCAGUCGUGCUCGUUCAGUCACACGAUGCACAGUACCAGCAGGUCGACUCACGCGCAGGGCCAGUUGCUGAGUCUGCCGCCACAUUCCAAUUUCGACCAACGAGGCCCAUCUCCUUUACAUUCCCCAAACGCUGCGACCCUAUCCUCCUCGUCAUCGUCUAACAGUUCGGUAGUGCCGCCCGCAUUGCCGCCGAAACAAAAGUCCCGCAAGUCGUCGUCCAAGUCACCGCCCGCGACGCCCACGGGCACGCUGCUGAUCGACUGCAAACCGUCUAGUCAAACUCCCUCGCCGAUACCCCCCAAGAGCCUGCCGGACCUGCUGGAGCACACGGGCGGCGCGACCAAAAUCCAAGAGGAAAAGUCGGACUCGCCCGAAGUGACCGUCGCCGACGUAGACUUGAUGGAAGAGUUCAACGUGGAUAAGUUCCUGGUGUGGAAGAAACCGGAAGAAGAGGGUCCCGACAUUAGGGGCGGACCCGUCGACGCCUUGAUCAUCCAGGCGACCAAGGCUACUAAGAAUGGAGUUUUCGCGUAUCAGGAAGCAUUCCUCACCACCUAUCGUACGUUCAUAGCGCCGGUGGACCUCAUCGCGAAACUCAUACGAAGAUAUAACCAUUUCUACUACCAGCAAGAGAAGAAGCCUCGAUCGCGGGAAGCCUUCGCCCUGAUCGUCAGGGUUGUGAACGACCUCACGAGCCUCGAUUUGGACGACCCCCUGCAACACAAACUGAUGAAUUUCGUGCAGCAGCUGAUUUCGUGCGGCGAGCUGGUGCUCGCCAAGGCUCUAAGGGUCAAGCACCUCGAGAGGCACGCGGCCAAGGAACGGUCCCUGAGGUACACCAACGUCGUCAGCAGUUUAUCGUUGAGCGCGCGCAACGCGACCUUGCUCGAUUUCAAAUCGGAACAGAUCGCCGAACAGAUGACGCUGCUCGAUGCGGAACUGUUUAUGAAGAUCGAGAUUCCCGAGGUGCUGAUCUGGGCUCAGGAGCAGAACGAGGAGAGGAGCCCUAACCUCACCCGAUUCACCGAGCAUUUCAAUAAGAUGUCCUAUUGGGCACGAACGAAAAUUCUAACGGCAGAAACUAAAGAGACUCGCGAAAAGUACUUCAUGAAGUUCAUCAAGAUCAUGAAACACCUCAGGAAAAUCAACAACUUCAAUUCCUAUUUGGCCCUGUUGUCGGCGCUCGACUCGGCUCCGGUCAGGAGGCUAGAGUGGCAGAAACAGGUCCAAGAGGGUUUGAAGGAGUAUUGCGCCCUUAUCGACAGCUCGUCGAGUUUUAGGGCGUAUCGCAUGGCGUUGGCCGAGACGCUACCCCCGUGUAUUCCCUACAUCGGACUGGUGCUCCAGGACCUGACGUUCGUCCACAUCGGUAACAGCAACCUGCUGCCCGACGGCACCAUCAACUUUUCGAAGAGGUGGCAACAGUACAACAUCGUGGAGAACAUGAAAAAGUUCAAGAAAGAGACCUACUCGUUCAAGAAACAAGAGAAGAUCAUCCAGUUUUUCCAAAACUUCGACGAUUGCAUUGGCGAGGACGCCAUGUGGAAACUGUCGGAGAAAAUCAAACCGAGGGGCGGUAAGAAGCCGCUUUAACCGGGCCGCGACGUUCGUACGGUAGACCUCUUAAAGCAAUACGUCUGAAGAAAUCGAUUUUUGUGCAAUUAUUACGCUAGCUACUUGGUUAAGUACGACAAUGCAUCACUUUCUAUUGGUUUAGGGCGGCCGCGGCAAUCCGAUAACCCUUUUUUUCGAAAUCUCCGCCUCCCGCAAGUCCCCCGAUGCCCGACUCUUCAAAGUGAACCUUCUAAAAAUCACUAUACGCCGAGUUGUUUCACCCAAACUAGUCUCUUCAACCGUGCCUCCUGAAAGUGAUCCCUGAACCCAAGCUGAUCCUUGCCUGAGGCGGGUGCGGCGAAAGAAAAUAUUAAUCGAAAAAGGGGGGCUCGAGUUCGCGGCCAUGUAAAAGCUUUAACGUGUUUUAAUUCUAGUAAUAUGUUGAUGAACGCGCGUGGCGCUUUCCACGCAACCAUUUCCUCGGCUUGGUGUAACAAGACUGAUUUAUGCUAUAUCGUAGUAGAUUGUAAAUUUUCGCCGAUUUUAAGGGAGGGGAUAAAGGCGGAAAGCCGCGUUUAUUACAUCGAAACUACUGGAAGAAUCUUUCGCUUUACGUCCUUGCAAUUCGUGCAAAAUGGCAUAGAAAAGAAACCAUUAUGGGGUUUUGUUCUAAUGAUUUUCGCUUCACCGACCUAAACGUAGGCGGGGCUUGACGUCACAGUAAACGCUAACUGAACUAUCUUAGAAAAAGUAUUAUAUGAACUGUAUAUGCGGCAACACUGUUUCUAGUCAGGAACGCGGAGGCAACUUUGUCGACAAACAAGAAAACGUUGCCAUAGCUAGUAAAAAUUAGUUAGGUAGUAAAAAAAAUAACAUACUUUCGUUUUCGGAUUAUAUAAAUUUUAAAAUUAUGAAUGUUAGGGUAGGAUCAGAUUUUAAACUAAAACUUAGGUGUCCACUAAUUUAUUAGGCGAAUACAAGACCCAUACAAUUUUUAGAUAAGAAAUUGUUUAUUUUUGGAGGAUUUAUGAAAAUCUGCGAGUUAAAAAUUAAUUAUGAUAUUUUCGAGGGCUGAUAUGGAAGGAUGAGCUACUUUGGAUCACACUCGAUCAAAUGGGAAAAUUUCGUUUCGACAUUUAACUUUUACGCGCCGCACAACACAUCACAGAUCGCGAGGUACUUUUGCAAAAAUCGCGGUUUUUUACUUGAUAUACUCCCGCCAAAAUGACAACAACGACGUUAGUGAAUUAUUGUGGCUAAAAAUUAUGGUUUAAUAGGCAAUCCUAUGGCUGAUCGGUGCGGUCGCCGGUGAGCGGACCGACCAAAUAGGGUUCCCUACUUAAAUUGAAUGUCGCGGAUCCCAACAGCAAAAACUAUUAGAAGGCCUAAUUAAAUUAUAAGCUAAAAAUGGGUACAAAAAGUACAGGGUGGGCACUUUAUUACGGGCCUGUGCUUUUUCUCAGGAACUAGUGAUUUAAAAAAAAAAGGUUAUACAAAAGUUUAAAAUUGUUUAUUUUUCUAUAUAUACAGUGUGUCCGGCUGGCAGUAAUGACUACUUGAUCAAAUUUUAGUUUUAGAAGACUUCCUUCUAACGAUCUACGAUAACUAGGUAUUUUAGAAUUAUAUAGGGUGUCUUAAAGGAUAUUUUUUUAAAUUUCAAUUUGCAGUAUAUUUUUUCUUUAAAUGAGCCGCCCAUGUUUUUGAUAUUUUUUCUCAAAGCAGGUCAAAAUACCAAUAAUUUGGUAUGUCCUAAUGGUUUUCGAAAUACUGACACCUAGUUAUUUUAAAGAAUUUGAAAAAAGCAUAUCAUUCUUAUUUUUUAAUUUAUUUUCAGCAUUUUUGCAACGGGUGAUUUUUUAUAACGUCUACGAUGUAAAAUAAUAUGUAUAAAAAUGAUAGAAGUUCAAAAAUUUAACACAAGUAGCAGUAACAAAAUCGAUGUUAUUUAGCUGCACUACAGCUUCACUAAUACACCUUUGUAGUUCAUUUAACGUAGUGCCUCUUUCUUUAUAUACCAUAUCUUUAAUUUUCCCCCCUAAAAAAAAGUCCAGUGAGGUAAUUUCUGGAUUUCGAGGUGGCCCCCAGACGUUUCCAUUUUCUCCUAUCCAAAGAUCGCAAUUUUGAUUUAAAAAUUCAGUGAUCUUGCUGCCACAUUAAUUGAGCACGUUAACAAGCCUGUAUUUCAUUUACCAUUAAUGCUCGUAUUUCAUUUCUGAGCAUAUUGAAAUAUCGUCUAGAGUCCAAGUUUUCAUUAAAGAAAAUUGUCCCUAUAACCUUUGAUCGGUAUAUUCCGCACCACACUUUCACAGAUCGUCUUGUCGUUUUACUUCGAACACCCUUUUCUUAUUUUCAUCACUCCAGUAAAAUGUGUUUUUCCGAUGUAUGAAAAUUCGACUCAUCGGUCUAAAUUAUAUGACGCAAGGCGUCAUCAGCGAAAUGCAUGUCCAUUAAAAAAUUGCAACAGUUAUGGUCCUGUUCCUCUAGAUAUUGCCCGGGUAAAAACUUAAAUGCUUUUCGCUUCUGUAAUUUUCAACAAAUUCUGAGGCUAGUUGAUCAGUGCUUGAUUAAAAUCACAUCUGUCAAACUCUGACACUUAAAUAUAACGCCACUUAAAACAAACACUUAUUUGGGUACCACAGCCAACUAGGGUGAAAAGUAAGUUUCAUAAUAAUAUUAUUGUGCCCUUAAAAAAAUGGGAGUUUUUUACUAUUAAUGAAAACUUUAUUUAAAUAUGCCAAAUCUUAAUAAAUUGUCCCAUCAUUCGUUGAAACAAUCAUUAAAAUUAAAUAAAAUAUAAGAAAGAUAAGCCAUUAUAGAAUAUAUAUACCAAAUUAUAGGUAUUUUGCACCAGCUUUGAGAAAAAAUAUCAAAAACAAAAAAUAAUGUCGCACUUAUCGGACACACUGUAUAUAUAAAAAACAAAUAAUUUAAAAAUUUCAUUUAAACCAUAAAACUAUUGUAGUAACUGUUUUUUUCUAAAAUCAGUAGUUCCUGAGGAUAGGUACAGGCCACUAAUAAAGUGCCCACCCUGUACGCUAUACCUACUUAUGAUGUAGUCUUAGGCGAUAAAUAAUAAAUGUGUUUUCUUCAAAAGUGAUCUUAGUGAGCGGUGUCUUAGAAUGUUCCGGAAUGGGUUUUUAUGUUUGCCUGUCUACGUGCCGUUUCGCGGAUGGAAAUUUUUAGGUUAACGCGACAAUCUUUAGUACAAAUAUGCAUUAAAAGGGAACGCAAUCGGCACGGGCAACCAUAUAAAUCCAUGACUCGCUUCAUCGUAAUAAAACUUUACGCGAAAACGGAGUAGUCAUCGAACGUAUUCACCCCGAUCGGAAUUUCGGCCACGGCUUAAGAUUAAAAUAAAGAUAUAACCCAUCUACAAGCAAAGUUUCGGUCAACUAUUCGUGGCGGUUGCAUCUUAUUUGUUGUAAAAAUGUAAUAAGUUAUUUAUUUUAAACGUAAGUAUUCGUUCAUUGCGAUUCAUAGGUACUUUUGCGAUUUUGACCGCACCCGUUUCGGCAGUUGGCGUCAAAUUAAAUACCAAAUAGUCGCAUACUUUCCAGCAGUAUUAUUUUUUAAGUUAGAUUAAAAGAAAAACGUACGGUGCCAAUUAAUUUUAAGCGAUUUAAUUGACAACUAAAUCAAAAUGGAAGCGCCUAUGAACUUAACCUAAGCCUGUUAUUAACUUUUUUUUGUUGUCUUCUAUAUAUAUUUUUUGUAACAUUUUAUUGUACAUGCUUUUUUAAAAAAUUUAGUUCUACUUUGAAGUAAUAAUUCUGUAUACUUGUAAAAUAUUAAUUAAAAAGUGUGUG